CCAUCGCCCCACCACAGCAAACGUGGGGCCGGGCAGGCAGGGAUGGGACGCAUGAUGUCAUCGCUGCUGUCUCGGCCGGCUCCAGCUUUUCGCGUGCCGUCAUCAUCCACCCUAAAAGACAAAAGCGAUGUCAUGGCGGCCGCCCGCCUGAUUGCUGCCGAGGCGCUAUCGUCCUGGGCCUUGUCUUGGAGGGGAUGGCUAGAAAAUGCUUUGUUUAGUUCUUUGCUACUGUUGUGACUGCAAGUCUCCGAUGCCGUCGUCAUUGCAUGCCCGUGGCGUGGUGCGGUUUUCUAGAGCUGGAGAGCUGGCUGGAGCUGGAGCUGGAGCUGUCUGGAGCGGCUGCCUAGGCGGCUGCCACACCGCGAUGGAGCUCAGAGAUAGCGCUGUGCUGCGUUGUACAUACCUCUAGCUGACCCCCAUCUUUGCUCGUCCCUCUUGUCCGUCGUCUGUGAACCACCUACACAAAAUCGCGAUCCUGCAACGUCCCGAGGCUUGGACCUUCCCCCCUGCUUUAGAGUGGUUGGUGCUUCCUCCAACAGCUCGGGAAGGCUGCAUCUGCACUGGAAGCUGCCCGUGGAUUGGGCCAUUGCUGCCGUUCCUGUAUCGCCCAGCCUGUUGUGGGCUCUCCUCCUGGGCGGCUAGCUCGCAUCAUCACCAUCAAAGUCUGUCGGCCAUAAUCUACACCAUAUAGGCACCGUUGCCUUCCUCCUACACCCUAAAGCGCAACGUCGACAACGCAAACAUGAAUCGGAGUUUCUCCAUCCGCUCGAGCAAGAGCCAGCGCUCCAGCGGCGGCUCGGGCCACGGUUUCGGCGGGGGCGGCGGCGGCGCGUCCAACGGCGGGGGCGGCCGCAAGGGUGGCUUCUCCUUCACGUCGCUGCGCGGCACCAUGCAGCAGCCCGAGCUGUCGCGGCGGCUGUACAAGCUCAUCAAGUCGGAGAACUCGCUCGUGUCGGCGCACGAGGCCGCCGGGCGCGAGCGCCUCUCCAUCGCCACGCAGCUGUCCGAGUGGGGCGAGAAGACGGGCGACGCGGCCGUGAGCGACCUGUCGGACAAGCUCGGCGUCGUGCUGUCCGAGAUGGGCGAGCAAGAGGACGCGUACGCGCACGCGCUCGAGGACUCGCGCGCCACGCUCAAGCGCAUCCGCAACACGGAGCGCAGCGUCCAGCCGUCGCGCGACGGCCGCGCCCGCAUCGCAGACGAGAUCGCCCGCAUCAAGAGCAGGGAGCCGCAGAGCGCCAAGCUCGUCAUACUCGAGCAGGAGCUCGUCCGCGCCGAGGCCGAGAACCUCGUGGCCGAGGCCCAGCUGGUCAAUAUAACGCGCAAGAGCCUCAAGGAGGCCUACGACGCCGAGCUGCUCGCCACCAUCGAGCGCGCCGAGAAGCAGAUCAUACUGGCCCGCCACGGCCGCCGCCUGCUCGAGCUCCUGGACGACGACCCCGUCAUCCCCGGCGCCGAGCUGGCCCCCUACGGCGGCGCCCCUGCCGGCCGCCAGAUCCUGUGCGACUGUGAGGACGACCUGCGCGACUGGCGGCCCGGCUACGGCUUCGGGUCCGAGAGGCCGCUAGAGGGGCCUGCCGCCGCCGCCGCUGAUGCCAUCCCGAGCGCGACCGGCCAGCCGCUGCAGCAGAGGAGCGCGAACGCCGGUGGUGGCGCGCGAAGAAGCGCCUCCGGGGCGACGGCCGGCGGCGGCAACGGGACGGCCCCGCAGUCGCCAAAGGCUGCCGCGAGCGGAGGCGGCAGCAGCGACUUCGUCGACGGGCCGACCAGCCCUCGGGGAGGCUCGGUGGCUAAGGAUAAGAGGAGCGAGGCCCCGGCGCUCGAGUCGUAGGGAGAGACCGAGCUCACCUUUGCGUCGUCUGUUCGGAGCAUGCGGUUGUGAGAAUGUUUUGGUGGUGUUUAGUGGGAGCACUGAUGGGAAGCUGUCGGCCUUUUUGCGGCAUGUGGUCGCGAACGAGGGCCGCCCCCUAGUAGCUGUGCAGAGAUAAAAAGGGAGUAUUAGGUUGGCUUUGGAAAUUCUCGGCGUUUUGUGUACUGUAUAAGUUCUGUUGCUUUUCCCCAAGUUACUCCCUUAAGCUGCUCAGCAACAAAACGAGUAUGAUUACAGACCUUGCAAAAGAAAGUCCGGUCAGCCGGUUAAAAAAUGUCAUUUCAACGGUUGAAGUUUAGGUGCAGAGUAUCCAAAAGAUCGACCCAGACGGGGCUCGAACCCGCAACCUUCAGAGAAUUUCAAGAACCGAAAUCUGACGCGAUACCAUUUCGCCACCAGGCCUUAUC